AUGACAAUCCCAGACAAGCAAUGGGCCCAGGUGGUCGAAAAGAAGGGCAGUCCACCGAUCUACAAGGAGAUACCCGUGCCCAAACCCGGUCCUGAUGAAAUUCUUGUCAAGAUUCAUUACUCAGGUGUCUGUCACACAGAUCUGCAUGCCAUGAAGGGCGACUGGCCCCUCCCGCUGAAAUUGCCUCUUGUCGGAGGCCAUGAGGGUGCCGGGGUAGUUGUGGCCAAAGGCGAGCUGGUGACUGGCUUCGAGAUUGGCGAUCACGCAGGUAUCAAGUGGUUGAACGGGUCCUGCAUGGAAUGUGAAUUCUGCAAGCAGUCUGAAGAGCCUCUCUGUCCCCACGCAACCAUGUCCGGCUACACGGUCGACGGCACGUUCCAGCAAUACUGUGUCGCCAAAGCCACUCAUGCCUCCAACAUCCCCAAGGACGUCCCCCUCGAUGCGGCAGCUCCAAUCCUCUGUGCGGGUCUCACGGUCUACAAGGGCCUGAAAGAAUCUGGCGCUCGCCCGGGGCAGACAGUCGCGAUCGUGGGCGCAGGAGGAGGCCUAGGCUCUCUCGCCCAGCAAUACGCCAAAGCGAUGGGAUUGCGAGUCGUAGCGAUCGACGGCGGCGAUGAGAAGCGAGAAAUGUGCGAGAAACUCGGUGCAGAGGCCUACAUCGACUUUACCAUAUCCAAGAACGUCGUCGAGGACGUCAAAGCCGCCACCCCGGGGGGACUCGGCGCCCACGCCGUCCUCCUACUCGCCGUCUCGGAGAAGCCCUUCCAGCAAGCUACGGAUUACGUCCGCUCGCGCGGUACUAUCGUCGCGAUCGGCAUGCCCGCAGAAGCAUACCUGAAAGCACCCGUGUUCAACACCGUGAUCAAGAUGAUCACCAUCAAGGGCAGCUACGUGGGGAACCGGCAGGAUGGUGUCGAGGCGAUUGACUUCUUCGCCAGGGGGCUCAUCAAUGCGCCGUUCAAGAAAGCGCCGUUGAAGGAUCUUCCGCGUAUAUUUGAGCUGAUGGAACAAGGCAAGAUCGCUGGUCGAUACGUUCUUGAAAUACCUGAGUGA